AUGUUAGAGGACGAAACAUCUAACCUUCAUGCUAUAGGCGUUAGCUGGGCGGAAUCUACCAAGACACGAUUGGAAGACAUAAAUGUCAUCAAUACUUGGCCUGGACAUCGGGAUUCAACAUGGAAGGUCCCGUCAAGAAUAGCCUAUGCAUCAGAGAAUAAAAACAAGAUACCAGCAGAUCAAUGGGGAUUCCAGGUCUCUCCAAACUUGAUGUGUUAUUCCUGGACUAAGCUGUUGCUAGACAAAAGUGCACAGCUAACAGGUUAUGAUGAUCCAUCGUUGAAGGAUCUUUUUGGAUCCGGCCUAAUGAGUCUGCCAAAGGGGAAAAGUGCACAGUCUGUGAUCGAAGACUAUUUCCGGGAGUUAUAUGUAUACCUUAUCCACCAGCUCGAGAAAAAGAUGGGAGCCGGUGUUUUCAAUGCCACCCCAAUGGAGAUAUAUUUGACAAUGCCGGCGAUUUGGUCAGACCAAGCCCAACUAGCCACACGGAAAGCUGCAGAAGCUGCAGGAUUCGGGUCAAGACCAUAUGACUCUAUCUUCAUGAUCAAGGAGCCCGAAGCCGCCGCACUUUCAGCAAUAAAACCACACCUGGGACCAAAUGCCAUUGAUCCAGUCCAGGUAUCUCCGCCUAUCCAUAAUAACGAGAUUCAUUCUUUGAUAGCUAACCAGACCAUUUUCCUUAAUGUAGGAGGAAAAUGCGGGUCAACUUAUAUCGACCGAAAUUUCAACCAGUGGAUGCAAGAGACCUUUGGAGAGGAAUAUACCUCGGUACCAAUGAGGUUACGAGGACCGGGAAGUAGAUUCAUGAACUCCUUUGAGAGUGCGAAGCGGAACUUUGGAGGUCCUAACGACGAUCGAGGAGUGGAAGUUGGGCCUAUCCGGAUGGACGUUGGACCAAGUGUCCACUAUGAUGAUGAUGAACUGGUGGUAAAGCUUUCGAAGUAUGACAUGCAGCGCUUGUUCGAUCCAGUCGUGAAGGAAGUUAUAGCUCUGGUCAAGUCACAGGUAAAAGCUGCUGAGAAAAAGAAAAAGAGAAUUGACCGGCUUAUACUUGUUGGAGGCUUUGGGGACUCAGAUUAUCUCAAUACCAAGCUAGGUGAAUGGUGUAAAGGAAAGAACAUCGGCUCUGUGACAUGUCCACCGGACUGUCAAGCUGCAAUUGUCAAGGGUGCAUGUCUGCGCGGCCUAGAAGGACUCAAGCCUGUUAUCACUCAUAGUAGAGCGCACUAUGGCUGGUCUUGGGGGAAACGAUUCAGGAAAGGCAUCGACCCCGAAGUAAAUGCGUACACUGAUCCGCUCACUGGCGAGAAGAUGUGCAGCGGGAGGAUGGAAUGGGUGAUUCCCAAAGGAAAACGACUGGACGAAAACUUCAAGAUGAAGGCGGACAUCCAGAGUACGUUCAAGCUGGGCCAGCCGCUGAACGAGAACAUCACCAUGUUCUCCUGCACCAUGGACGAGCCGCCGGAGCGAGAAGACCACCACCGUGUCGUCAAAGUAGGAGAGAUAUGCCCUGCCUUUUCGACGUCCACGUUCAGCGACUUCCAGACGCGCAGGGGCACGUCGGACGGACAGAUGUACCACCGCUUCAACUACACGAUAGAGGUCAACUUCCGGUCCAAGGGGGGUAUCCUGAGCUUUGCAGCGACGUCAGAAGGGAGAGUAAUUGCAGAUGCGGCUUUGGGCUUGCUCGAGGACUGA